UAUUAAAAUUUCAUAGAAAAUGGGAUAUAAUAGUCAAAACGAUAGUGGAUCUGGCUCUGAUUCGGACUCCAGUAGCAGCAGUCGCAAUAGCAGCCGCAGCAACACACCAAACGCCAAGGCAAGCAAUGCCGGGUCACCAGCUUCACAUAAAUCAGGAGGCAGCGGUAGUGAUAGAUCACGAUCUGGAUCACCCGCCUCAGGACGUUCUUCUAGAUCACGUUCCAGGUCUGGUUCACGAUCUAGAUCCGGCACACCAAACAGCCGCCAUACUGGCUCACCUGGAAAUAAAUCCAGAUCACACUCCCGUUCUAGAUCUCGUUCAGGUACACCGCAUAGCAAACGUUCAAAUUCUGCUGGUAGUCAACAUUCAAAAACAUCAAAGAAGUCUGGUGGUGGUGGUGGUAGUCCUGCAAAGGAUGCAAAUGCUGCCAAUGAAGAAGAAUCCAGGUCUCAGUCGCCCAAUCUACAAAUAGAUGAUAGACAAUCACGCAGCAGAUCCAGAUCUAAAUCUGGUUCCCCCAAAUCAAGAAGUGGCUCCUCCAAAUCACGUUCUGCUUCACGUUCACGAUCCAGAUCGAAAUCUCGAUCACGAUCGGGUUCUCGCAGUCGUUCGGGUACGCCACAAUCACGUAGAUCCCGUAGUGGUUCGGAAUCUGGUAGCGAUAUUGGCGGCGAUAAAGCCAAGAAGAAACGUAAAGCUGUCUCAAGUGGUUCUGAGGCAGAGGGUAGCGACAAGGGAUCCCCUUCGAAGAAUAAAAAAUCCCGUAUUAUUGAUUCCGACGAUAGUGAUAAUGAAGCCGAGUCCAAGAAAGUUGAUGCCCAGGAUAUUUUCGGCGAUGCCGAUGAUAUAAGUAUGUCUGAAGAUGAAGAAGAUGCAGAUAAGGCAAAAUCUGAUAGUGAAUCAGAAAAAGGAUCACAAAGGUCUCGAUCCCGUUCAAGGUCAUCUUCAAGAGCCUCGGCUAGAUCAAGAACAAAAUCCCGUUCUAGAUCAAGAUCUCGAUCUAGAUCAGGUUCCCGGGCCAGAUCUCGUUCUGCGGAAAGAGUUGGUCAAAAAGAAGAUGAACCAGAACCAAUACCAGAGACACGCAUUGAUGUUGAAAUACCACGUAUUGUAACCGACUUGGGUAGGGAAAUACAUUUUGUAAAAUUGCCCAAUUUCUUGUCCGUAGAGACAAGGCCCUUCGAUCCUGAAACCUAUGAAGAUGAAAUCGACGAAGAAGAGACCAUGGAUGAGGAAGGUCGUCAACGUAUCAAAUUGAAAGUUAGUAACACCAUAAGGUGGCGUGAAUAUAUGAAUAAUAAUGGCGAAAUGGUCAAGGAAUCAAAUGCCCGAUUUGUUCGAUGGUCCGACGGCAGCAUGUCCCUGCAUUUGGGUAAUGAAAUCUUCGAUGUCUACCGUCAACCCUUGCAUGGCGAUCACAAUCAUUUGUUCAUCCGCCAAGGUACUGGUCUGCAGGGUCAAGCUGUUUUCCGUACCAAACUCACGUUCCGACCACAUUCUACCGAAUCAUUUACUCACAAGAAGAUGACCAUGUCGUUGGCCGAUCGUUCACAAAAAGUCUCUGGUAUUAAGAUUCUUACACAGGUUGGUAAGGAUCCGACACAGGAUCGUUUGUAUAAUCUCAAGAAAGAGGAGGAGAAAUUGCGACAGGCAAUGCGUGCCCAACACAAACCACCACCGAAAAAGAAGAAGGGGCAAGAUGCCAUGGGUGGUGGUUCACACGGUGCCUAUCAUCAUGACGAGGGUAGCGAUGAUGAGAAUGCCAUUUCAUUGAGUGCUAUUAAAAAUAAAUACAAUAAGAAGACAAAUGCCGCUUCCUCGUCGGGUGGUGGCGGCGGCGGAGGUGCUGGUUCGUCCGAUCAAAAAGCUUCAGCUAUUUAUUCAUCGGACGAUGAUGAUGGUUCUGACUUCGAGGGACGUCGCAGUAAGAAAGUUGUCGAUAAAACUAAAGUUGUUAAGGCUUUACGUGAUUCGGAUAGUGAAUCGGAUGUUGAACGUGGUAGUGGCAGCGGCAGUGAUCAUAGCGGUAGCGAUGCUGGCAGUAAAAGUGGUGGUUCCGGCAGCGGAAGUGGUAGCGGUAGUGGCAGUGAAAGUGAAUAA